GGGAUAUCGGAAGACUGCGCCUCUCCAGCUGCUGAAAGGGCGAAAGACUUACAUAGCUCACAGUUUGUGGAAGUUUCAGUCCAAGAUAGGCUAGCUCCGAGGCAUGACAGAGGGACAGCAGUUCAUGGUGGCAGAAAACAGCAAAAGCAAGCAGGCAGCUAUGUGUCUGAGCCUUUCCCAAGUUAACGCUGCAUGGCAGUAUUUUCUCCUUUGAAGCAUGCUCCAGUAUGUCCGGGUGAAAACCAGCACCGCCAUUGUUAGUCACGGUGACUGAAUUUAAAGAAAACCAAGAUGUCACUUAUGCUUCUCUGAGACCAGUACAGACUACAGUUUUAGGAAAAACGGCAAAGGUUUAUCUUACCCCCUUCUCCCUCAAUGAUUACAAACUAGAGCAACUCAAGCACUCCAAAUCUCUCUCAGAAAAGAAUUCAAAUUACAAGGUGGUAUGUCAGAAGACUGAACCAAAGAAGCCUUGUGAAGAACUUUUAAUUCCAAAGAUGAAAGCCAUCCCUUCCAAGGUAGAAUCCACACUGCAAAAAUUGUCCUUAGAUGUUCACACUGAAAGCAACAGGCCAGGACACAAGAGCCCUUCAGCUGCCACCGUUCUGAGUGUUGACAUGGAGAGCAGUGAUGAAGACAUCACACUAGGCGUGGAUGAUUUUUCAGGAUUGUCACCAUAUGAAAGGAAGAGAUUGAAGAACAUAUCAGAAAAUGCAAAGUUUUUUGCUUCUCUUCAGUUGUCUGAGACAGCUGCAAGGCUCCAUGAAAUAAUAAAGAAGAGACAGCCUCCUAAAUCCAAAAGAAAAACGCCUAAGAAGAGAGAAAAUGAGAUUGGAUGUAGAAGAUCAAUGCGGUUGCUGAAUGUCAAUCCUUCAGGAGUCUCAUUACCAUCAACUCCAACACAGCCAGUAUUAAUAGAAGAUGAAAAUCCUUUGUUACCACCUGGGCCUUUGGAAAUGAUUCCUGAAAAUGUAGGUGACAACCAUGAACUAUUUAAAGGAUUUCUGCAGACAUGGGGAGAAAUGAGCAAGACAAUUGGUAAGAACAUGGAGGUGUUAUCUAGCAUUAAAAGCUAUAAAGCCAAUUUAAAUGACAUGGUCAUUAGUGAAGAUACUGUUCAUAAAGUUACGAAAGGCUCGAUAUCCUCUGUGGCUCUCCAUCCAUCAGAAACUAGAAUUAUGGUAGCAGCGGGGUCCAAAUCUGGGCAAAUUGGACUUUGGGAUUUGACUCAACAAAAUAAAGAAGAUGGGACAUAUAUUUUCUCUCCCCACAGUCAGCCCAUUAGCUGCCUUUACUUCUCACCUGCCAACCCAGUCCACCUCUUGUCCCUGAGCUAUGAUGGCACAUUGCGAUGUGGGGAUUUCUCCAAGGCUGCCUUUGAUGAGGUGUACAGAAAUGAAAGCAAGAGCUUUUCCUCCUUUGACUUCUUGACAGAGGAUGCUGCCACUUUAUUAGUAGGACACUGGGAUGGGACCCUGUCACUGGUGGAUAGACGGACAUCUGGGACUUCUUAUGAGAAGCUUAUUUGUUCUUCUAUGGGAAAGAUAAGAACUGUUCAUGUGCACCCUGUGCACCGGCAGUAUUUCAUGACUGCAGGAUUGAGGGAUAUCCAUGUUUAUGACACCAGGCACCUGAGUUCCAGGAGAAGCCAGCCUUUGGUCUCUGUUACUGAACACACGAAAAGCAUUGCUUCUGCCUACUUCUCACCUGUUACUGGUAACAGAGUGGUGUCCACAUGUGCAGAUUGUAAGCUGAGGAUCUUUGACAGCAGCUGUGUGUCCUCCCAGAUGCCUCUCCUCACCUCCAUCAGGCACAACACUAUCACUGGGCGAUGGCUAACCAGGUUUCAAGCUGUUUGGGACCCUAAACAAGAAGACUGCAUCAUUGUCGGCAGCAUGGCCCAACCCCGACGGGUGGAGGUCUUCCAUGAGACGGGAAAGGGGGUGCACUCCCUCCUUGGGGAGUGCCUUGGCUCUGUGUGCUCCAUCAAUGCCAUGCACCCAACCCACUACAUCCUGGCUGGUGGGAAUUCCAGUGGGCGGCUGCAUGUUUUCAUGAAGCCCGGAAGCUGCUGAGUUUUAGGGUAGGUGUACCUGUUUGUUCAGACUGAUCACUAUGCCAGGAACUUGGGGUUCCUGUGGCUUUAUGAGUGUACUUGGUCUUGGGUUCCCAUUAAGAAGUAUACAGUUGCUUUAUGAAUAGGAAUCAUAUGGUGAUGCACACGUGUAAUCUCAGGAUGCUGGGAGGCUUGAGGCAGGAGGAUCUCAAGUUUUAGCCCAACCUGGGCAACUUUAGAAGACUAUCUUUAAAAAUAAAGUGUUGGGGAUGUAGCUUAGUUCAAAGGCCCUGCCUGGGUUUAAUCCCUAGUACUACAAAACAAAAAUGAAAAUAAAGCACUGAACAGAAUGUACUUUUAGUAAAACAGAAGCCUCAAGCUGUUCCUCCAAGAUAGGCAGCGACUUUGAGUAGAGGCUGGAGGCCGUCAGCACCAAGCAUGGCAAAUUGUAAAGCUCCAAAUAACUGAUACUAACUUUUUUGUAAUCUAAUGAUGUGAUUUUGAUUCUAUAGUAAUAUAUAGGUAGAUUUGUGGUUUACUUUAUAGUUUGAAAGGAAUUAUUUAUUUUUAGACCCAUAUAUUGGAAAGGAUCCUACAAGGUCAUUUAACUCAGUGAAUUUGAAACCUAGUUUUGUAUCUAAGGACUUCUUUCUGCACCUGGCCUCUCAGUGAAACUGUGGGUGAAGUUCUCAGGUAAUUGCUGAGAAUCUGAUUCACUGCCGGCAGGACCUGUUGGGGGCUGCCACAACCAACCCAGGAUCCCAGGGCUCUGAGGCAGCAUCGGUCUGCCUGUAGACAGUGUUCCAGACUAGGAGCAUGGCUCUUCAGCGCUAGUGUUUAAAAAGGAGCGGAAGCUAGGUAUGGUGGUGCACACCUGUAAUCCCAGCACAUGAGAGGCUGAGGCAGGAGGAGAGUUGCAUGUUCAAGGACAGCCUGGACUGCAUAGUGGGACCAGGUCUCCAAACAGACAAACAUCAUGAGAACAGAAAACACGAUUAGAAUAAAUAUCAUUUGGUGAAACAUAGUUUCAUAUGCUUAUAUUUGUAGGUGUGUAUGUUUAUGUAUUUCUGAUAUAAAAUGUAUUUUUUUUUUUUUUGUUAAGAGUAAAAGCUACUGCCUUAGUGUCCCUGCCUUCCAUUGUGCCUAUCUUUCAGCUCCAAAAGGAGAUUUAGCAGCCUGUUAAGUGAAUGUUUUUAUUUCUACUCAUAUUUUGGGGAAAUGUUCUGGAAUAUUCAUCAUUUUUGAUAUUCCCAAAAUUGUUAAGGUGAUUUCAGUGUCUGUGGUUGUGAGGGGAGCUGCUGAAUCAGUGACUAAUACUAUGCAUGAUAUUGGCAAACUUCUCCAUUGCUCACUACCGAAAGUACUACUGAGAGACUUGUAAUCAGCUUAAGUACUAUGUUUGAAUUAAAGGAAAUUAUCUUUUCAUAAUUGUAUAUCACAGAAAUAAAGUGAUGGUUAUUUUCCUUAAAGAAUAA